AUGAUUACACGCUUCAAAGCCCAUGUCCCCGGACUGCUCUCCUCCGCUGGCACCGGCAAACAGCAACAUCACGAAAUUUACGAACAAGAAGACAUGCUCCACGGGGGAGGGGAACAAGCAUCCUCAGCCCGGACCUUCCGGACCAGCGUCGAGUCCUCUCGACCAAUCCGCGCUCAUGAAAUCUACACACGACGUCCCUCUCCGAUGACAUCCACCAGCGCAAGUGCCGGUCAUCGGCGAAAAGACGGCGAUGUGAGUGAAGAGGGCGAUCGGAGGAUUCCAGCGGGACUCCCGGGGAAAGCAACUGGGUCGGGAACCAAGCGCUGGGGCCCGAUUAGGCCGUAA